UAUCUUGCCCGGCCAAACCUUCUCACGAGUUACGCCCAUAAUGGUUUUAUUACGGUGCUUAAUUUUUUAUUUUAUUUUUUUUACGAUACACGUGUAUUCUCUAACGUUGAUGAGUGUUUACAAUUGGAGGUGUACUUAACUCAGACUUAGAGUGCUCUGUGAAGGAUGUUCUCCAGAAUGAGGGACCACAGGGGCCUGGACAAGGCCCUGGUGAAGGAGCUGAACGCCUGCUGUGCGCAGGAGAGCAAGUUUCUUCCCAACAAGUCUGGUCUGAAGAUGAUGGAGUCCUCACAGAGCGGCGUCUCGGCCAAAUGCAGAGAUGCCCGAGUGGAGGAGCUGUGGGGUCUGACAAACUUCUUCGGGUACAGCACGCAAACAUUUGUCCGAGCAGUCAAUCUGAUGGAUCGAUUUCUUGCCGGUACGAAGGCGAAACCCGAACACGUGCCUUGCGUGUCCGUGUGCUGCCUCCACUUGGCGGCCGGUGUGACUGAGGAGGCCAAAGACGUGGCGCCCGUCUGUGAGCUCAUCCGCAUUAGCCACAGCAACUUCGCCAUGUCGGACCUCCGUCGCAUGAAGACGCUCGUAGUCCAGAAACUGGGCCCCGAGACCCCCGCGGUGACCGCCUUCACCUUCUUGCGCCUGUACUACUCGGCUUUGAGUGCAGUGUGCGAUGAUGUCAGGACAGAGAUCCCAAGCGUCAUGACGCUGGAAGCUCAGCUGAAAGCCUGCUUGUGUCGACUUGUUUUCUCCAAAGCAAAACCAUCCCUACUGGCCCUCGCACUGGUUGCCUAUGAGAUUGAAAGCCUGCAGUGUGCAGCCGCAUCAAAGAUGAUGCAGCAGAUGCAAAAAGCCACAAAGGUGUGUGACGGUGAUCUACGCCAUUGGCAGUACAUGGUGGGCAAGCGGAUGACGGAGUACCGCUCGGCUCAGUGCCACAAGCCCAACGGUAGGAAGCUGGUGUGGGCAGUGUCAAAGUGGACUGUGCAGAGUACGCACGGCACCCUCUGCACUGCCCCCCGUUUGCCCACCAUACACGAGGACGCCUGGGAUCACAGCCUAAGUGAGGUGGACACAAAUAGCGGCGAGGAUAGCCCUUGUGGCUCUCUGGGCAGUGUUGGUGAAGGAUCCUUCUUCCCUUCCUCCUAUUUGUGAAUCAUCACCACCUGUUUUUUUUCCUUUUCCAUAAACUUGGACUUGCUUCAUGCCUAGAAAAUUUGAAAACAUGAAGAAAAAAAAUGAAUAUUUGUAGUGGCUUCUUUGUGGCUUUUGUGUCCAUUUCAGUAAGACAUAAAAAUAGUUGCUGUUAACUCUCGCAUAACAUGCUGCCGAAGAGGAUUAUGACUAUUAUGUUCAAAUGUAAAAUUUCUAUGGGAAUGUUCCAGACUUAAUAUGCUGCAUUGUCCUAUGAAGCUCUUUUUCUUUACUUUUUUUUUUACUUACUGUAUUUUUUACCAAGCUUACAGUAUGAAAAAAAAUAUAUAUACACUUGUACAUAAUACCUUGUAAAAACGUGGGACGAAAUGCGGUUUUAUGUAUUUC